AUGGGUAAAAUCGAGAGAAAGAGUCCCGAGGGCUCCAAGAGCUCUGAGAAGUCUCAGGGCAACAAAAAAAGAACCCCUCGGCAGGGCAGCACUGAGGCCAUCGACCCGCGGAACAUUACCAGCUUCCGUGAGGACCAGAAGGAUUGGUCCUGGGACAAUCUCCCAGCCAUCCUCUACCAGUUCAAGCCCACGAAGGAGGAGGAGAAGAAAGAGCGGGAGCCGCCCAAGAUGAAAGUCUUGGGCGGCAAACGCGUCAAAGACAUUGAGAUCCUUCCGGAUCAUAUCUCCUCGGACGUCGAGGAGUUCAGAGUCGAGGCAUGGAUGCGUCUCGACAGGCGCAUCCAGCUACAAGACAUCAUUGACAGGAUGCACGAGGAUUUUGCAAUUGAGCGCAAUGCCCUGCAGCAGCGGAAUGUCAGAUUCCGCAAAGCCUUCAACCUGAUCGCCUGGAGUUCAGGAAACAAGAUCAGUUCUCAGCUUGAGCAAGACGUCCUGCAAAGAAUGAUUGACCAUGGCAUCGAUCCCACCCUCAAUUCGACUCGUGGAUUGACUCCGGGCCUCAUCAAUCCUGAGCUUGGAGAAGAAGGUGGCCGGAUCGCCCUUCCGGACAACUAUGGCCCUGAAAAACGUGGCCAUCGUGGACCACGCACGCCGAAGAAGAAAAGGGAUGCGGCGAAGAUCGAAGAGGACGUGGAUAUGACCGAUGCACUUGACCCUACCACUCCCGUCGGAGAAUCCGCGCCUCUGACUCCUCCCCCGACCAUGCCAGCUCCCUCCGCCAAGACUGGCUCUUUUUUCGGCCAGCGUGCGGCUUCCGAAGAGUCGUUGGCUACCGUUUUCAGUCCUCUGAUUCCGGGCUCUCCGGUUGAAUGCUCCCCUGUUCCCCAUUCGUCUAUCGAGCCGCUCCCUUCUUCUUCUGUCCCCGGUUCUCCGGUUGUGAGUUUUACUGUUGCCGAGAAGGACGAUCUCGACUCUUCUCUGGAUGGCAGCUUAUACGAUGGAGACCAGUGCCCGACUUGCAACCUUGACUUUUUGCUCAAGAAAGAACCGCGACAAGAAUUCGACUGGCUGAGUCCUUGCGAAGAGGAGCUUUCUGGCCUGGACAAGGAUGUGCCCAAAGUCUUGAAGGCGCGCCACCCGUCUCAAAUGAAGCGCAAGCACAAGGCUUUCAAGAAGGCGCUACCAUUCUGCAAUACCGAUUCCCUGUACGACAAAUUUGUCAGCAAGUUCGACCUCGACGACAUGAUCAGCGUUGUUCCAAUUUCUCGCACGACUGCGCCGCCAUCGCCGGUUCGAGUAUCUCCAUCCUUCAUCUCCGAGCCCUUGAAGAGACGGCUGAUCUUCAAACCACAUCCUACCAAAAUGGACAUGAUGAAUGCGGCAUACAACGUCACGCUCAACGAGUAUUACGCUGGAGAGCGAUUCCUUUUUGAAAUGCCUUAUGUGGAGGGUGUCAUAUGA